CACAACUGACUUUUUACUGUAAGUACAACGCUUAUUUAUUUAUCUUUUAUUUUAAUGAAAAUAUCUAUAUUUAAAGGUGUUAUAGCCUAUUUUUACUGUUACAUUACCAUUCAAAACAAAUAAGCAAGAAAACAUGGUUGCUAUGGCAACCACACAUUAACCGAGGUUGUGCUACAGUAAUUAUGGUUUUUGUUAAAACCAGAUUAACACUAUUGAAAUUCAGACUCUUAUUGGAUUCUUCAUUUUAAAAGUGACACAUUUCAUGCCUGGUUUAUAAAGUAAGAAAAACACAUUACUUAGCCUACUGUGCAAACACAUUACUUUAUAUACCAACCUAAUGUAAGUUAGCAUACACCUUUAAAUCAAGAUCAUAAGAAUCAUUAUAGUAACCCUAAAGUCUUAACUUUGUAUUUCUUAUCUUUGUUACUUUUCGAUCCGAUGCAGUGUCUUAAUUUUGCACUGUAUUUUUACCUUGCAGUCAGUAACUCUAUAAAGACAAUGGAGUAUAAGUUGUACUUGCAAAGCAAGAGUACAAUUCCAAGUAGCACUAAAAGAAGAUGGAGUGAUUGCCAUAAAGGUUUUAGGAAAAAGCAAUAUAAAGCAUGGUUGCAAGAUCCAGUUCGUCAAGAUGACACAUCUAACAGUGAAGAUGAGAACAGUUCCUCAUGCUAUAAGACCGAAACAGCACCACAUCAUACCUCAGAUGACACAUCUAACAGUGAAGAUGAAAACAGUUCCCCAUGCUAUGAGACUGACACAGAAUCAUAUCAUACCACAAUGGAUGCUGAAGCAUAUGACAACACACAGAAUUAUGAUGGAGAGAACCCCAAAACAACACAAGACAAGAUCUAUCCCACUGCUAAGAUUAGUAAUGAAGAAUCACAACUGGCAAUUUUAUGCUAUGCUCUUAGGCACACCACAACAAAAUCCGCUCUUGGUGACUUAUUAGACCUAAUUAAUCUACAUUGCCCAGAAGGAACCAACGGAGCACCAAAUAGUCUUUACACGUUCUUGAAGGAAUUUGAUUAUAAUUCAUUUGAAAUAGUGUACAUCUGCCCCACAUGUCAUCAAUACUUUGGUAAUGAAAUCCCAGCAAAUUGUGAUUCAUGUGGUUUUGAACCAGGGGAUAAGAACUCUCUUAUUAAAUCUGGUGACGUUUUCAUGAAAUUGUCCAUAAGAAAACAAUUGGAAGACAAAAUGUCAGAUUCUACAUUUACAGCAGCACUGAAUUACAAGUGGACCAGAGUCAAAAGCAGUCCAGACAGUGUUCAAGACAUAUUUGAUGGUGAAAUGUAUAAAUCAGUAGGUCCCUGA